AUGGCCACAUACCGGGUGGUGGCCGGAGCUUCCGCGGAUGGUGGCGGCCGCAGCUCCUACGGCUGGUGGUGGGCGAAGGGGGCAAGCAGCACCACGGGCGGCGGCGGGCAAGCACCAGCAGCACGGGCGACGGGCGGAGGGGGAGAGCAGCAGCACGGGCGGCGGCAGAGGGGCGAGCAGCAGCACAGACAGGCGCGGUGGCGGAGGGGGAGAGAAGCAGCAGCUCGGGCGCGCGGCAGCAAUGGUGCGGGCAGCCUGCCUGGGAGGGAGGAGGGAGGCGGCGGCGAGGGAGGGCGAGGCCAGCGGCAGCGCCUGCGUGGGAGGGCCGACGGCGGCUACGUGGGAGGGAGGAGGGAGGCGGCGGCGGGGUAG